CCUCAAAAGAUGAAUCAUGAAGAUGGAUGAUUCGUAGCCUGCUUUUCCGCCCGCUGCGCAGGUUGUAGCCCGAAGAGGGCAGGGCUGGAGUGAAGGCUGGCCACCAUGUUCUCCGCAUCAUCAUGGGCCAUGAAGCGCGUGUACAAGUUUCUCCUCAAGAGGCUGCUGGGAAAGCUGCUGGUCAAUGAGAUAGACCUGGAGCAGUUGGAGGUGCAACUGGGGGCCGGAACGCUGGAGUUGAGGGACCUGCUCCUUGACACAAACUAUUUGAAUGCUCAGUUGGGCGAGGCGGCUGCCGUCACCAUAAGCACCGGCUACAUUGGGACCAUCAAGGCGACUGUCCCGUGGAAAGGCCUCGCAAGCCAGUCUAUUGAGAUCGACAUCGACGAACUCGAGAUAACCGUCGCCCCACGAGUCCCGUCGCCACCCUUCCCCGAUGAGCAGUGCGAUCCUCAAAGCUCAAGCAAUCCGGAGGGCUUCUGGCCGUCUGAGGAGCCUGGCAGCCCCGACACUGGCGACUACUCGAGGCUGCAGGCUUAUGCGGGGGUUGACGACGGUGUCAGGGUGGUCGCCAGGUUGGUGGAGAGCAUCUUGUUGGGGCUCAGAGUGAGGGUUAUGCGGUUGGUAAUCCGGGUUGAGCAUAAGACCACAGGGACAGAUGGGUCUGCUGACUCCGGUGGCUGCACGUUUGUGGUGCGAGUUCCUUUUGCCGAGUACAAGGACGAGACGCCGGUCGCUUCGUCGAGCGCCAGCGGGGGGUGGGGCUUUCUUGGCGGCAGCUUGGCGGGGGGGCUCGGCUGGGGCGCCGACGCACCCCCAAAAGAACCCACGGUGAUGAAAACCGUUUCUUUUAAGGGCGUCGAGGUGGCGCUCGAGCGGCCAGCGGGGGCCCGUUCACACCAGGGCACAUCGGGGGUCCUGCUAUCAGGUGCGAACGGGGGCGCAGACGGCAGCGUCCGAGUCUGGAUGCACUGGAAGAGUGGCGCAAAGGGACCCCCCAAACUGGACCUCGAGCUGCUCGCCCGGCCCCUCGAGCUGCGAGUCGACCUCGCUGAUGUCAGCACGCUGUCAGCGCUUGCCGCCGCUUUCUCUGGGGGAAACGCCUCAACCUCCCGUGGGAAAGGUUUCGUUGCCCCGGGGAUCGUUCAGAAGGAGCGGGCGCUGCACGAGCUGGCCGGGUCGGGGCUCUUGGCACCGGCAGGGGUUAGGAAUAACCCCACAGGGGUUAGCGGCAGCCCCGAGGGAGGGUUUCGGGCACGGAAAGAAGACCUGCUGCAAUCGCAAUACUUUUCGCAGCAGCAAGCAGAGGACUUGCGGCGUUCAGUUGGGGCGGGGGAUGAGUGGGUGUCGGAGUUUGGCGACGCUGCACCCGGGUGGCUGAGAAGUGAGAACGGGGGAGCGGAAGAAGAGGCGGAUCUGGCAGCCAGCGUGGAUGACUUCUUUGACUGCAUCAACGGCACUGCCAGCGGCCACCUCUCGCGGAGCUCCCACUCUUCCGGCCGGCGCUCGGUCACAUGGGCCGCUCCGUCCGAAACUCGGUCCGAGAGUUCAACUCGUCGGGCGCAACCGAUUGGGGAAAUUCCAGCUGUUUCGCCCUCAACGGAGCUCAACCGACCCGGAUUUGGGCAAGUGCAAGGGACCCCUGCUAGCAGACAGGCUUUGCCGGACCCUAACGCAAGUUCUGACCCGCACUUCAACCAUAAAGACUCUGGAACAAACGCAGUGGCGAGUUACUCGGCGAGGGCAAAGAUUGCGGGGCUAAAGGUCAUUCUGCUGGCACCUGGGGACAAAAGGAAGCGAAAGGGGUCAGAACGAUGCCAAGGGGGGGACAGAAUGAGGGCGCCACCAGGGGGGGGAGGUGCGGGAAGGCUGGAGCGGAGGGGUGCCGCUGGGAGCAUGACGCAAGAGGCGAAGCAACGAGUAGCAGAAGUUGCUCGAGAGAGCGGCCAAAGGCGGGAAGAGAACGGCUCGGUUGCGGAAAGCGAUUGCGGAGGGGCUCGGGGUUUGGGUGGAUGCGGGGCGACUGCUGUGCGAAACGGAGGGGAUGGCGGAAGACAGCCGGAGGGGUCGACAGGGGAAGCCACGGGAGUCGGACGCGACUUUCAAUCGAGCCGGCGGACAGAUGGCGUUCGUUGGGAAUCCAGACCGGCUGUUGAGGAGGGUCCGAUCUGUUAUCCAACGAACGGCUUGGGAAGCUGGGCGAUCGGUGAUUUGGAGCACGGUUCAAUGGGUUUUGGUGAGGGUGCGCAUGCAAGGUCCACUCCAGAAGAGGACGACUUCUCGGACGCGCUCGGUUUUGCACAAACGGACGGCCCGGAUUUUCCGGACGACGUUGCCAACGCCUUUUCGGCGCGUUUGAGGACGCCGGGUCGGGCUGGGGGGAUCGACGACGUCAGCAACGCGGACAGCGGAAGCCGGGACGAGUUUGGGUCAGCAAACGACGUGCUGCGGCUGGAGACGGACUGCGUCGGGGGGUUCGGAACGAGGGGCUCGGAACCCCCUGGCGAGAUCGUCGAGCGGGAGUGGUCGCCGGAGCCGACGGAGCAGGAAGCCGUCGAGCUGCGCGAGAAGGUCGCCGCUUUUCCAGGGGGGCUGAGCACUGGGCGAAACGCAGGGGGGGUGCACGCUGACAGUUUUCCGGGGGGGCUGAAUCCGGGGGAGGUUUUGGGGGGGCGGAACGGGGGCGAGGUCGCUUUGGAGAUGCCCCUGGAGAACGAGAGCGAAGAGGAAGACGGGUAUGGGAUGCGGCCGGCGGAGUCCCACAUGGCUUCGGUGUUUGGGCGGGACUCGUUGCUGGCAUGGUCCGGGGCCGGGUUGGAGCAUUGGAAUGGGGGGGGCGAGUCCGAGGGCUUUGGAGGCUUGGCCGAUGACCCCCCUGAAGGGGAGCGAGGAGGUUUGCGAGGCAGCACACUGGAGGAUCGGGCCGUAUCGAGAGGUGAAGAAUCGGCGGGCUUUGCUGCCGACGAGAUUACGGGGUCGGAUGAUGCGGGGAUGGCUGGGGAACGACUGGAGGAGGGGGAAGAAGCCGACGAGAAGUCGGAGAGCCCACGAGACUUCCUGGAGGCGGUUUGUACCAACCUGAGCUUCAGCGUGGCGGUCUCCGGCUCUUCCACGUCGAUCGAGAUUGCUUCCGACACACUCGAGAUAGCGGAGACUCUGCACACCCCGCAAGUCCCAGAGUUGGGGUCUCAACGGAGGGGUACUAGGAAUGUCACGAUGCCCCCCCCUGCAGCAGCCCAUGAAGCGACCCCCCGGGAGCAGCAGCUCCAGCAGGUGGAAGCCGCUCUGCCGAGCCCUUACGGCGCCCCGCAGCCCUUUGCUCGAACCAGUGCCCAAACUCGGACAUCCCCCUUUGCCGUUCCUUUCAAACAAUCCCAGAACGGAAGUCUAUUAGACACUCCUCCGUCGUCGGAUGCACUCCACGUGGCCGAAAGACGGAGGCUGGUCAAGGUUCGAAGCGGCCCCCCCGUCACAAAGCCCGCAGUGGUUGUCAAAGUCCUGAUCAGCUCGGGAGGGUCCACCGGGCGGACUGACGGGGGCCAAAAUUACGCCCGGGGAAAAUCGCUGGCCAGGCAGAGCAGCCUCUUGGGGCACUCAGAACCGGUCCCUCGGAAGACUUCCCUGACCGAAGUCAAAGCGGAGCUGCAGCCCGUCACUCUCUUUCUGGACCUGUCCCUCCCCAAGCGCCUAAAACGAUUUGCCCCCGUUUCAGGGGUUCCGCCCGCCCCUGCGCCGGCAGUCACGCCGGUACCCCUGCUGCGUGCGAGCCAGGUUCUGCCCAGUCCCAGGCGCUCCUUCGAGGACUUUCUCCCAUCGCAAGUGCUCCCGAGACCCGGGUCGUCCCCGGUUGAUGACAUCAUCGAUGACCUGGAUAGGCAGUUCUCCGGGGGGGAUGCAGGGAUGCACCCCUUUUCCAAGCCGCAGCGUGGGGCGUUGAGCAUCAGUGUUUCUUCCUCUUGCUUCCGAGUUAUCCUUUCCUUUCCGAAAGAGGACGACUCCUGUGAAGAAGACGCUGCAAAGAAGCUCAUGAGUCGAACGAGUUUGGGGGCCCCUUGUCGCAGAGACUUCCUCGCCCUCGACCUCUUUUCCGGCUCCUCUCCUGACGGCCAGCCCGCCUUCCUGUCCUACAAAAUCGACCCCCCAGAAACCUCCCUGCGGCGCUCGUUCUCCUCGAUACCCCCCAAAGAGCCAGAGAGCAGCGUCUCUCUGGGCGCCGCAAACCUGGGCCUUUACCUGGUCACGGACUCCCAUUUUGCAACGGGGGGGUCCGUCCAAUCCCCCGGUUACAGGGCGUUCUCCCUACUGUCGGUUUCCAAGCAGCCCGGUCAUUCGGCCAGGCAGAAAGCACCCCGGAAGCAUGCCCGGUUGUUUUCACCGGUCGACGCAACGGGUUCAGCGGGUUUGGGGAUCUCGCUUGACGUGCGGAUGCGGCCGGGAGCGGAAAGCGGGGACUGGCUAGCACAGUCGGCGUGGGAGGCGACGUCAGCACAGAAGACCCGGGGAGAUGGUGGCAGCGGCGUCGACAACAACCAGCAUGGGGAGGCCGCCGCUGCACGAGCGUCUGCCGCUGACGAGGAUCUGAUAGCGCUCGAGAUCCGCGAAAAGGCGAUCGCCUCUUCUGCCGCUUCCGUCCAGCUCAGUCUCGACCGUGCUUCAAUCGAGGUGGUUAGGUGGCGGUUAGAGCGGUUAGGGCAGCUCUUGGAGGCGGUUAAGCGGUCUGGUGGGAGUGCGUCGGAGGAUGGGGUUAGGAACGGGGUCAAGGAGGGGUUAGACGGGCGGGCAGAGAGCAGGGUUAACGAAAGCGGGGAAGAGGGGCGAACGAAGGACCAGUUUGCGUUUCUUCUGAAUGUGGCGGCAUUGGAAUUGCGUUUGUUCGACGAGAAGGGGUCCAAAGGUCGGGCAGACGACCCCCCUGCGGAGGAGCCGGACGUUGCCAGUGAGAAGGACAAGUGGGUGUCAUUCCGGGGAGACUUCAGCGAGCUUACGUUCUUCCACGUGUCGAACCUGGGGGGUGCGGCAGAAAACAGCUACAUGUGGAUUCGGCACGAGCGGUGCGGUCUCUACGGAACUCUCCAGAGUCCCACCCCCCCCGAAAGUGGUGCCGCAAAUGGGGGGGUCGAGCUUCUCUUGCUCACCUGUUCUAACGAGGUCCUGGGGAGGGGCGAUGCGGGGGACGAGAAUGCGCUCGCUUCGCCUGGCACAGUCGGCUUGACAGUUUCGGUCAUCGCGUAUCCUUCCGGGGGUUACGAGACAGACUCGAUCGUGGCUUGUAGUUUGAGGGGCGGGACGGUGAUGGCACCGAUGGGACGGUUGGACUGGGUGCUGGCCGUGAAGGAACUAGCGGUGGGGGCUGGUUCGGACGGGUUGGCCGUGGUUGACCGGGAUUGCCCAAAUGCGUCCGAGAGUGUUGGAGCAGCGUCCGACUACGUUGGAAAGGCGUCUGAAAUCGUCGGGCAGACGUCCGAAAGUGCCACAACAACGUCCGAAAGCGGCGCAAUGAUGUCAGAAAGCGUCCGACCAACGUCCGAAAGCGUCUGUCCGGCCUCUGAAACCUACGCUGAGCGUUUCUCUAGAAGGACGGCUGAUGGAGGGGCAAUGGCGGAAGCAGACACGGCUCAAGCAUGGCCGCCGAGCGAGGCUUCUAGCGCCCAUCAGAGCGAAAGCCGGUCCUCCCAAGCUUCUGGUUCCACAAACGGGACGUGUUUCCUUCUAGACCUUCACGACCUAGCGCUGUGCUACGAGCCCAACGCCGAGCCAAACCCGCAAACCCCCCCACAAAAUCCGGGCAAAUCCUUCCCCCCAGAUAGUCGCCCGUCCCUUUCCCGCCAAAAUAGCAGCUCGAACGUGGGGUCCUCAGUUUCGGCCGUCCUAGCCGUGGCCGCUCUGCGCGUGUCGAGCGUGCUCGGAAAGCAACCGGGGGGGUCGGAGAGAGUGGAGGAAGAGGGGGGGGAGGCGGUGCAAGAGCAGGUGUUUGAUGUGUGGCUGCGGGAUGCGGCGCUGCUGAUCCUGGACAAUGCGAUGAGGCGGCCGGCGGGGGGAGACUUCACUACGAGCUCGCUGGCCCAAGCGGGUUUCGUUCAGGUCGCCCGGGAGGGCGUCUUGGAAGCGUGCAUCCGCACACACACCGGGGAGGGCCUCCAGUGGGAGCUCGACUGCACGCAUAACCAAUUGCGGCUGGACACGUGUCAGGACACCACGGCAGCGCUGGGCCGGCUGGCGGGGCAGAUCCAGGCGCUGAUCCAGGCGGAUAUGGAGCCGGUGGCAGUUGCUGGUGGCGGCGCGGUGAUCCACCGGCAGUACGGCGACCAAGACCCCUCUGAACUCCUCCGCACCCUCAGCGAGGGCUCCCAAGACUCUGCGCCCCCCAGCCUGAGUAGCAGCCUCGCAUCCGAAACCUUUAGAGGUCCUCAGACUGAGCGAGAAGUGGGCGGCACCACUAGAGCUUCCAGAGAAGAAGCGGCUGCGGGUGAUGGUGCCAAGAGCGGCUUCAACCCGGAACGGCGCGGUGCGGCAGAGAGGUGGGAGGGAGAAGGUGAAGCAAGGGCGCAGAGCGAAAGCUGCAGAAGGAGAGGGAACGGCGACGGACCUUCGCAUCAGUCUGAAGAGCGGCUGAUUGAAGAGUGCGACGGACUGAGAUUCGCGCCGCGGAAAGGUUGGGACGGCGUUUCGGCAGAGUUGUCGUCGGGAUUUUCGAACCCCUCCAGAAUGCCCCCGAAAGUGGGCGACAAACUCCGUUCGGGCAGGCCCCAAUCAAGCCCGGGGGGAGACUGGGAAACGGAAAAGGAAGCGGGAGCGCUUCCCGGUUACAUCGAGAAUUUUUACCAGGGGCUCGACGGUCGAGCGCCCCCAGGUAAGCCUGGCUCGUCCGAGGGUUUCCACACCGUCCCUCCGAGUCAAGUCAAGCAGCCCAUCUGGUCUGGCGACCCAGUGAGUGUAAGUACGCCCCGCACGCAGCAUUUGUAUCCAGAGGAAGCGAGCGAGCCGCAGGUGCCCAGUAGACCUAGGAAGCCGGUUAGGCUAAGCAAACCCAAUGUGAAUAGGCGAAAGUCCAGUGUGAAGGAGCACGAUGCGAGCUGGUUCGACGGCAAGAUGCCCCCCCUGUCGGAAGACUAUGUGGUCAGGCCUUCGGGGUCCCCCCCGAAAGAGGAUCUCGGCCGGCCGUGGCUGCGAAACCGUGGCCCAGGGGGGUCGAAAAGCAGGGGAUCCCUCCCCCGGAAAUACCCGAAGCCGGUGGGCCGUUUGCUGCUGCGCGAUCUCAGCGUUCGGUGGAGACUCUACGGAGGUCGAGACUGGGGUUGCGGAACAGAGGUCCCCGAAAGUCGGGCAUCGAGCGGGUCAAGAGCGGGUACGGCCAGUGGGUUCAGACAAGGGGGCGCUAACCAGAAGCGGGGGGAAAGUACGAACCGGCCUGGCGGGGGGCUGGUUACGCGGUCGGUCAAGCCGACUGAGGAUGGGUUAGAGGGAUGGUCAACGGUCUCUGUUGAGCCCGGCACGCAAGCGAGCGAGAGUCCGCGGUUGAAGAGGGGGGCGUUUCUGGGGGCGAUACAGCCCCCCGGACGUGGGGGCCGCCAGAAGGAAAACUGUCUAGAGGUUCUCCUCGACGGUGUAGACUUGCAACACGACUCCUUCCCGCAGCGAGACCACUACGCGUCUCGGUUAGCGGUCUCGGUCCGCGACAUAACCGUGUACGACUUCUCGAAGAGCGCGCCGUGGCGCAUGAUCAUGGGCCACUACCGGAGCGCCAGCUGUCCGCGCGAGAGUGGCUCCAAGGCGCUGCGGGUCGAGAUGGAUGCGGUUAGGCCUAACCCGGCGUCGUUACUAGAAGAGUACCGGUUGUUGCUCGCACUGCUACCGCUGCGGUUGCACCUAGACCAACGGCACAUUGAUUUCUGCGCGGAUUUCUUUGCUGGGGGGGGCGCGGUGCCUGGCUCGCCACGAGAAGUGGAUGCGGGGGGCGGUGGGGUCGCAAAGCAGCAGGGGGAUGGAGUAGAGGAGGCGUUCCUUCCCUUCUUCCAGAUGUUCGAGAUGCGCCCGCUGACGAUCCGGGUCGACUACCUGCCCCGCCGCAUCGACCUGCUGUCGCUGCGCGCCGGCAAUUACGCGGAGCUGCUGAACCUGGUCACGUGGGAGGGCGUGGAGCUGCGCCUGAAAGGCGUGCGCUGCGCGGGGGUGCACGGCUGGGGGGGGCUGGGGGCGGUGCUCAUGAACGACUGGGUCGAAGACAUUUCACAGCACCAGUUGAACAAGAUCGUCCGGGGCGUGGCCCCCAUCCGUCCGCUGUACGAAGUCGGGCGUGCGACGGCGCAGUUGCUCAUGUUGCCAGCGGAACAGUACAAAAAGGACAAGCGACUGCUCAAGGGCCUUCGGAAAGGCGCUGCAGCGUUCCUAAAAGGCGUAUCGCUCGAGGCGCUCGGCCUGGGUGCGCAACUCGCGGCCGGCGCGCACGAGCUCCUGCAACAAGCCGAAGCCACCCUGUCCGGCGACACCCAACCCCAAACUGCGCAGUCUCCGUCCGCCCCAAACGGCUCCCCGUUGCACAUCUCCCAACCGCACGGCACGCGGGAAGGCCUCAAACAAGCUUUCGACACCGUUUCCCGGGGCUUGGAACGGUCCGCGUCGGGCGUCAUCAGCGCCCCGAUCAAGCGGUAUCAGCGGAGUGGCAGUGCGGGAAAGGCAGUGGCGACCGCUCUCAGGGCGGCGCCAGCUGCCGUGGUCGCCCCGGCCGCGGCGACAGCUGGCGCGGUGCAUCGGGCGCUGCUCGGGGUGCGGAACGAGUUGGAUCCGGAGCGGAAGCGGGAGAUCGACGAGAAGCACGCCGCGCCGCCGCCGGAUGGGAGACGGCGGUCGUGACUGGCAAUAUGGUUGACUGUGACUUACGACUAUUGAAACGAGUCGACAGAUUGUGCUUGUGGCAUCGCGGAUUGCGCUAUAUAACCCGAUGAUGUAGAUUGUACAAAGGCUACAGUUGUGUAAGUACUGUAUUGAAUGACUGCGGGCCAAGGGGAGGAGAGAGGAUAGUGAAUUGCAGCACAAAUUAAUCGAAGGAUCCCCAUUAUCCCCACCAAUUGAGGCUUACGUAGGAUAUCGACUUUUGGAAGUCAUCGUAACAAUGAGGUUGAAAUGGGAACUCCGAGUAAAUUUUACUCCCGUCAGACUUUGCAUAUUUUAUAAAGCUUGUUUGCCUGA